AUGUCAAUCGAAUUUGCAUACUUUCCCGACUAUGCUGGCAACAAGUCACAACCAAAUCAGUUCUCGAAGAACUUGCUUCACAAUCUCAAAUCUCUGACUGGCGUUGCUCCGAAAGUAAGAGUCGGAGGAACCUCACAGGACCAUGCUACGUACUUCCCUGACCAGGAGGAGAAUGUACAGCUGAUCUAUCAAAAUCCCACUGAUGAUCAGCCAAUCCAAAUCAAUUACGGUCCUACCUUUUUUGAAUCAUAUCACACCCUAGGAGAUAUCAGGUACCUGCAUGGGUUGAACAUGGCUCAGAACAAGUCGACUCAAUUGCUUGAACUUUCGGCUGCGGAAGCCUGUACAUCCAUCGGCCCCCAGCUACAUCUCUUUGAGCUGGGUAACGAGUUCAACUUCGCCCCCGGAACAUAUCGCCCUACAAACUACUCACUGCUUGAUUAUGUUGAAGAGUGGAACUCCAAGUCGGUCAUUGUCAAAUCUGCAGUACAGAAAGCCUGUCCUGGUCCUUUCCCGGGGUUCAUGGCACCUAGCUUCGUUUUACUGGAUUUCAUUGACGAUACUACCUGGACUGCCGAGGACCUAUACAAUCUUGGAUACGAUAAAGAUGAUCUGACCAAAGAGCUAUGCUUCCACAACUAUAUGGGUGUUAACGAACCUCCUCUUCCCCCUGCGGAUUUGGAUCUCCAGCGGACUUUGAUGAAUCACACAAACAUUGUGCGCAAUCUUGCAGAGCAGAUCACGCGAUCUAAGAACCUUGCAUACCUCGGCCUCCCUUAUACCCUCGGUGAGCUAAAUUCGAUUGCAAACCAGGGCGUAAAUGGAGAGACGAAUGUGUUCGGUGACGCUCUGUGGCUGGUCGACUUCUCCCUCUGGGCAGCGGUACACGGAAUCAAGCGACUGCAGUUCCACCAAGGGUUGAACUACCGUUACGCUUCGUGGCAGCCAAUCGAGAGCAAGGGGGUUCCUCCAACCACUAGACCCCCGUACUACGGUCAGGUCAUGGUUGCCAGUGCCAUCGGACAAUCCAAGGACACGCGCAUUGUGAACAUUCCGCUGUCGGAGGAUACAGAGUCCGCAUAUGCUAUCUACAAUGGAGAUCGACUGUCAAAGCUGGUUGUGACGAAUCUGCGGGCUUUCAACCAGACUACGUCGGAUCGUCCUCACAGGGAAUACACAUUCCACGUCCCUACACAGCAUAAAAGCGCAAUGAUCGAGCGUCUGAUUGGCCCAGGCAGCGAUGCGCUUGAUAAUAUUACUUUCGGUGGUAUUUCAUAUGAUCAUGGCUUGAAAGAGGGGAAGCCGGUCCAACAGCAUGCGAACGAAGAGACAAGGAUCGUGAAUGGGCUGCUUACAAUCACAGUUCCGGACUCUUCCGCUGUUCUCCUCACUUUAUGA